CACAAUUGUGCUCAGCCACGGGGAGAACUGUAUUAAUCAGAGAAGAAUCACUUCAAAGGAUACUGCAUCAACCAGAGAGAAAACUGGUUGCAGACUGUUAUGGAUGGCCCCUGCACACCAGCAGCAGAUGGAAAAGCCUCACUGUGUAUCCUUUUUUCAGAUGCUGUGUCACUUUUGGGUCAUAAUUCUUUCAUUUCAUCUCUACAUUUGCUCAGCAAUGGCAGUACAUGUGAUGGAGUGGAACUUCAUUCAGCAGCCCAGCAAUCUAACUGUCAGGAGGGAGGAUUCUGUAACUCUGACAUGCAGACCCCCAGACAGCAGGCCCCCCGACAGCAGACCCCCUGACAGCAGGCCCCCUGCUCAUGUUUCCUGGUUCAAGAAUAACCGUCUCAUGAAUCCAACGCCUCACAUUACCCUGCAGCCUAUUGGGGACCUUCUCUUCCACAGAGUCCAGGACAAAGAUAAAGGAAUCUACUUCUGUCGGGCUUCCAAUAUCCACCCGUUCAGAGCUGUGUCCUCCAGGAAGGUUUAUCUGAAUGUGCUUGGUCCCCCGUCUCUGGAGAUAUGGCCUGCAAUGGUGACAGCUCCUCUGGGGUCUGAGGUGCGGUUCCAGUGCCAGGUGUCCGGAAACCCAUUGCCUUCCAUUACGUGGUCAAAACAAGGCUGGUCUGUGCUCACAGGCGGAAAAGUUACCAUAGGGUCCAAUAUGACCCGGCAGAGAAUAUUGGCGGUGGAUAGUAUGACAUGGAGCAUUGAAAAGUAG